AUGGAAAGAGAGGGGGUGGUGCUGUGUACCGGGUGGGAAAGGGCGUGCCAAGCCCAGACAGACCCCUGCUUGCUGCAAGAGCGCGUUCUAGCCAAGCUCCUGGAGACGGAAGAAAAAUAUCUGCCCAACAGGGGCACGUUUCCGUCGAUACAGCCGGAGAUUCAGCCACAGAUGAGGAGCACGCUGGCUGGCUGGAUGUUGGAGGUUUGUGAAGAGGAAAGAUGUGAGAAGGAGGUGUUCCCGCUGGCGAUGAAUUACCUGGACCGGUUUUUAUCGGCAGUGCCGCUGGGGAAAUCCAGGCUGCAGUUGCUGGGCUCGGCUUGUCUGUUCCUGGCCUCGAAGCUGAGGGAAACUUCCCCGCUUUCGGUGGAAACCGUGUGCGCCUACACUGCCCACUCGUCCAGGCCGGAGGAGCUGCGGGCGAUGGAGCUGCUGCUUUUGAACAAACUGCAGUGGGACAUUGCAGCCCCGACUGCCUUGGAGUUUGUGGAGCGUUUAAUAGGAGCCAUGGGCCUGCCGAGGGUCAAAGAGCAAAUCGUCCGCAGGCACACGGAGACGUUCAUCGCACUCUGCACGAUAGAUUACGAAUUCCUCUCGUACCCGCCGUCCGUGAUUGGCGCUGCCAGUCUCGCUGCCGCCGUGACCGGCCUCCGCCUCGCCAACCGGGAGCUCACCGACCACCUCGCUCGCUCCAUCCGCUGCAACUCGGAGUGUUUGAAAGCCUGUCAGGAGCAGGUGGAGAUUGCUUUACAGACCCGGUUACACCGAGCACGGAGGGACACCCUGCCCCAGCCUGUGAAGUCUGAAGAGCUGGAACGUUCUAGAACACCUACGGACAUUCAGGAUGUAAACUUGUGA